AUGGCACCUCACUGCUGUCUGCCCACCCUCUGGCUCCUGGCUGCCACCCUCACCAUCUCUGUGCUCCUGCCUGGGGUCAGUCCACAGGCCACGGACGUGGGCAUUAAGCUGUGCGGCCGGGAUUUUGUCAGGACAGUCAUCAUCUCCUGUGGAGGCUCCAGGUGGAAACGGUACUCGCCAGAGGAGAAUGACGAGCGAGACAACGUGUACAGAAUCCUCUUGGACUCAUUGGAUGACAGCUCACAGAAUUCGCCCAAUGAGGAGCCUGAAGUCGAAGAGAUAGAUGACACUGAACCAGAGACCCAACUUGGUGAGAGCGACAUAUUCCUUCCACACUUCGAGGGCCAAAGAACCCCCGUUGGCUCAAAUGAUGAUUGGGAUGAAGAGCCGGGAGCCAGGUUAUCUUCAGCUUUCCUCGUCACUUUGGAACGAAAAUCUUCAAGAUCCAAACGCAGUGCUUCAGGACUGGCCAAAAGUUGUUGCAAACGAGGCUGCACCAGGAGCGAAAUUGCUAGACUUUGUUAA